GGCUGCGAGGAGAGCCCGCGGGGGCCGGAGGGUGCGAUUCCUCCGCCCCCGCAAAACAAUGUGCAGCGUGCGGCAGGGCGCAACUUGCCGGAGGCGGCGGGGGCGCGCCGAGCCCGCCUGAGACCGCGCCGCUGACCUUCUCCCCCCGCCGUCCGUUGGGCCCGAGCACCCAGCUCCUCGCUCCCCAGCUCGCGGGGGCCGGGCCGAGCUGCGGGGCGGGGCCGCCCCUCCGUCGCUGCUGCCUCCUCCCCCACCCCCAGCCGCGGAGGAUGCGGACGGCCCCCGGCGGCGUCUAGCGGCCCCGGGCCCAGGCGCGAUGGUGCAGCAACGGGGCGCGAGGGCCAAGCGGGACGGCGGGCCGCCGCCCCCGGGGCCCGGGCCGGCCGAGGAGGGGGCGCGCGAACCCGGCUGGUGCAAGACGCCGAGCGGCCACAUUAAGAGACCGAUGAACGCGUUCAUGGUGUGGUCGCAGCACGAGCGGCGGAAGAUCAUGGACCAGUGGCCCGACAUGCACAACGCCGAGAUCUCCAAGCGCCUGGGCCGCCGCUGGCAGCUGCUGCAGGACUCGGAGAAGAUCCCGUUUGUGCGGGAGGCGGAGCGGCUGCGCCUCAAGCACAUGGCGGAUUACCCGGACUACAAGUACCGGCCGCGCAAAAAGAGCAAGGGGGCGCCCGCCAAGGCGCGGCCCCGCCCCCCCGGCGGUGGUGGUGGCGGUGGCGGCAGCCGGCUCAAGCCCGGGCCGCAGCUGCCUGGCCGCGGGGGCCGCCGAGCAGCGGGCGGGCCUUUGGGGGGCAGCGCGGCGGCGCCCGAGGACGACGACGAGGACGACGACGAGGAGCUGCUGGAAGUGCGCCUGGUCGAGACCCCCGGGAGGGAGCUGUGGAGGAUGGUCCCGGCGGGGCGGGCUGCCCGGGGACCAGCGGAGCGCGCCCAGGGGCCGUCGGGCGAGGGGGCGGCUGUCACCACCGCCUCCCCCACUCCGUCGGAGGACGAGGAGCCGGAGGAAGAGGAGGAGGAGGCGGCGGCUGCGGAGGAAGGCGAAGAGGAGACGGUGGCGUCGGGGGAGGAGCCGCUGGGCUUUCUGUCCAGACUGCCCCCCGGCCCCGCCGGCCUGGACUGCAGCGCCCUGGACCGCGACCCAGACCUGCCGCCCCCCUCGGGCACGUCGCAUUUCGAGUUCCCGGACUACUGCACCCCCGAGGUUACCGAGAUGAUCGCGGGGGAUUGGCGCCCGUCUAGCAUCGCCGACCUGGUUUUCACCUACUGAGCCCACCGUCAGCGGGGCGCGCACGCCCCCAAACCAGCUGUUUACAUACAGGAAUCAGGUAUUGGGGCCCCUCGGAGGCCGAGGCUGGCACCCCAUCUCCCGCGCAGCCUCCCCCCUCCUAGACGUGCCCAUCCCCCUCAAAUCCAGACAUGCCCCUCCCCCGCAGACACACCCCAAGGCAGCCCCACCCCCCCUCUUUCCCUGUCAUCCAAGCCCCGCCCCAUCUUGCCCCCUCCCGCACAGCCACCAGCAGCCAGCCCCCCUCCUCUACACCGCGCGUCCACGCCUACAGACCUGCACCCCUCCCCCACCUCGCACACGCCCCUCCUCGUGGCCGGAGGACACGCCCCUGCCCUUGCUCCUGAAUCCCUCCGCCUUUGCCUAGCCCGCCUCCUCUCUUGUUUAGGGGGGCGCUGCGGCUGGGCGGCACCGCACGCUCCUCCCAUGCCCCCCUCCUCUCCCUCGCCAAGCGCCGGGGCCCGCCCCCUUCUCGCGCAUGCUUAAUGCUUCUUGGGAGGAGGGGGUCAGUCCCAGUUGAACCGCACGCCUCUGUGGCCCGCUUCGGGAAGAAUUGGGGCGGGUAUUGAACGAUCCUGAGAAAUCUUUUGAUCCGGGAGCCGCGGCUUCCUUUCAACCCGACGGGGCGUCACUGCCUUAAUGGGAGGAGCGCUAAGGAAGGGGGAGAAAGAGACUAGCUGGCCCGGAAGGAUUUGGUUUGGAGCUUGGAACUCUCCCUGGUGGCAUAGCCCCUUUUCCUUGCGGGGUUGCCCAGACUGAGGUGCACCUCCUCCUCCUCCCUCCCCCCCCCCAAUCCCCUGCCCAUACACACCGCUAGGCUGCCUCUACAGUCUACCUUGGUUCCAGAAACCUCCCUUUUCUUUACCCCACCUGGGAAUUGGGAAUAGGGUCUUCAUCCGGAACUGGACCACGAGAGGACUGCCCAAGAAAACUCCGAACCAAGGCAUUUCAGUCUAUCUGGGGACAGGGUUCUUGCUGCUCCCCACUCCACCCCCUCCAAGUGCCCCAUCAAGUCAAAGGCACACUCGCAGUCUGGGCUCCUCCCUACGCCGACCACUCCUUUCUAUCACUCCGAGUCCUGUGCCCACAGUGACAGUAUUCAGUGGGAGAAACUGAGGCACGUUGGUACAGGGUGGGGGGUGUUGAGACUGAGGCAUGAUAGCAGCCGGCGUGGCAAGAAGACCCCCACUUUUAAACAGCUGGCUUGAGAGAGACUAACGACUGGGCCAGUGAGACUGAAAGGAGGGUCAGAGUAGUAGAGGUCCGCCGUUUGCGCGUGUUUUUCCAUGUGAAAACUCGGGAUAGCGCUGCUGCCUGAGGAGGUUGUGUUCCGUUCCGUUCCGUUCCGGGGUGCCCUCAAUGACCCUACCCCUCUUAGUCCUCAAAUCCUGCCCCUCCGGCCUCCCCACGCCCCCUUCAGCCCUCACUACCUGUAUCUCACCGGCGUGUGUUCACCCUCUUGGGUGUGCACACACUCUCAUUCACACACACACAAAUCUCAGGAACAAACGGUCCCAGAGUCCUCUCGGACCCCUGCCCAGGGUCUCCGCAGGUCUCUGCCCCACGCGUUCCCGUCGCUGACAAAGCCACCAGCUGCCUCCUUUAAGCUUGGUGCUCCGGCUCUGGGCCUUUCUCGCGCUCUCUGUCUCUCUCUUUCUUUCUCUCUCUCUCUCUUUCUUUUUUUUUUUUUUAAAGAAAAACAACAACAACAAAAAGACAAUGAAAAAAACAGAAAACGUCAUGUGAGUGAAGAGAUGUCACUGUCUGUGGUCUUGGAGAACUAGUCUAGUAGCCGAGGGGAGGGGUCCCUCUGAUCUGGGGCACUGGCACCCACAGCAGGACUCCGCCAGUCUGAUGCCAGGACUGAAUAAAGUGUAUUUGCCCCGA